AUGUCUCGCAGGGUUCACCAUUGGAUUGCAAUUUGUUGUGGGUUUCUGGUGCUCUUCCCAGUCGGCAUCCUCGUGGCUGCGCUCCCUCCCGACGCGGGUCUCAUCGCGAAACUCGAGCGAGACUGCGCGGAAGGCAAAAUUCAGCCUGCAGUGUGCCAGCAAUUGCUCUCGGCGCUGCACUCGGCGUGCUCUUCCGCGGGAUCUGAGCAUGGCGACUGCAUGGACCUCCCCGAUGGUGCCCACCCGAUCAGGAUCAUAUUGGUGUGUAUUCUUGUUGCUUGCGUGUUCUGCCUGGCCCUGUCCAGCGUUGUUCCUCUCUGCGGCUACUGCGGGGCCAGGAACAACAAUCGUUGCUGCGUGACCGUCUACAUGGGUUCAGUUUGCUGGCCGUACUGA